AACAGAAUCCACCCGUCCAUCCAUUUCGUGUGGCCUCCCAGCUUUUUGUGUUUUCUGCUACGCGGCGGAUCGACUUUCUGCGUUGGUAGUUGUCAAAAUACGUUUCCUUGGUGCCUUCUACUUGUUUAGCUGUUUGCAAAGUAAACCGAGCGGCCAGUCCGUUGGCACUGAGUAGUUUCUCUAAAACAAAAACAAAACAAAAAACUACAUCCUUCCCACCGAUGAUUCGUGACAUCGAAGCCGUCGCUCACGUUUGACACCUCUUGGACGGGACAAGAGCCAGACUUCGAUGACAUCCUGAUACGUAUUUGAUAGACGUUUCUUGAAAUAUCCAUGAAACAUUUGGCCAAGUCAUGAGCGACCAGUGGGUUGGCUGUGUCGUGGUGGUCGAAUGCGGUGACAUCCUGGGAACUUACCGAGGAAAAAUCGUCAGCGUGGACUCUGAGCGACAACAAAUCGUGCUCUCACAAGCCACCAGAAACGGCGUUAAGUGUCAUGUUCCUCAAGUCACCAUCUGUGCUCAGGACAUUGUCGAUCUCAACAUCAUCAAGGCGUGUGAUGGUGGUCCUACUGAGGAGCAGAGUGCGUCUCCGGUCAAUUUUCAUGACGUCAACGGUUCAAGAAAAGACACCAAAAAGAAAGGGUCGUUGACCCCCAAGAAGGCGGACGGGGCACGUCGGGUAGCCGCCAUGCGGGGUCGUGAUGAGGCAUGCUUCAACGCGCCAGUCGACAUGUCUCUCCUGGAGCACGACUUUGACUUCGAGAAGAACCUGGCACUCUUUGACAAGCGGGCCGUGUUCAACGAGAUUGAUGCGGCCAUGUCGUCGCGCCACACACCCUGCGCGGCGGAGCGGCUGGCCCCGGUGCCCGCGCCCCCCCUGGCGGCGGUGAUGCGGGCCGCUCCCGCCCGUUUCAAGUGUGACGAGAACGUCCUCGGUGGAGGAGGCUUGGAGUCAGUACAGCACAUCAGGGUCCCCUGCCCGCAGGAGAUUGACUACGUCACCGAUACCGGUCUUCUGGUUCCAAGCAUCAGCUUGGAGCUCAGGGCCAGGAUCCUGGAAGGAGCGUCCCGUUGUGGCUACGGCCCUGAGCGGCAGCUGGAGAUGCUGGGCAGGGCGGCUUCCGAGAUGGUGCUACAACUCCUGGGAGGCUGUCGCCGGCUGAACCCCCGCAACAGCCACCAGCGGCCGACGGUGGCGGUGGUGUGCGGCUCCCACCGGCAGGGCACCCAGGUGGUGUGCUGCGGACGCCAGCUGGCCAACCACGGGGUCAACGUCCUCCUCUUCAGGCUCCCCGACGCCCCCGGCGCAGCGGCGGACCCCCUGCUCCCCGCAGAACUGGCUCUCUUCCAGAGCAGUGGAGGGCGGCUGCGCCAGAACCUCUCCGAGUUGGCGGGCUGCACAGUGGACAUGGUCCUCUCCGGUCUGGACCCGGUGGACGGGUCAAAGGGGGUGGACCCCCGAUCCGCCGCCCUGGUCGCCGACUGGGUGCAGCAGAGCAAGGCGCCCGUGGUGUCCGUAGACCCGCCACCCCGUGGCGGCACCGCGUCCGCCCUCCUGACACCCCAGUGGGUGCUCAUGCCCGUGCUGCCGCUCGCUGUCGAGCCCCGGGUGGCGGCGGCGGCGGGACUCUACCUGUGCGACGUCGGGGUGCCGCGGAAGGUGUUCAAGGACGCAGGCGUCGAGUACGCGUCGCCGUUCGGAUCCAAGUUUGUGGUGGCGCUCCACGCGAAGGGGAAGUGAGGUUUUGGGCGUUUUAACUUUUGCGUGCGCGACUCUCGGAGACGUGCGUUCCUCGAGCCGGCUCAAAAUGGAUUCGCGACGGGUGUCGGCAGUCGACGCGAUGGAUCGCUUCGGCGUCGACGAUACAUCGCUGGCGUUGAACGACGGCCGGGUGCCUUUGGUGUCAACGACUCGAAUUACUUUUGUGUCGAGGAGGGACUGCAAGUGUUUGAACAGUGUUUAGAAGUUAGCAAUGAAAGCAUCAAAGCAGCGAGGUUUUGUCGCGAGUUGGAAGCGGACUUGCCCAGUGCGCCAUGGGUCGUGCUGCGAGUUCAGAACCAAGUUCAACCACUGGGCGUUCUUUAACCUUGGCAAGAGACAAGUUGAAGUCGGAGUGAAAAUGAUCCGAUGGCUUCUGAGUCAGCGUCAUCAAACACGUUUUUCGGAUCGGAGCGUGCAACCGACAAUUACGAGGGAGGGCUUCGCUCCGAAUCAAACCUGCGUUGUGGAAUGACCAGAAGUGUAGGGUAAGGUCAACAACCUUUUUUGUGUGGGGGGGACCAUGAUGUCUGUUGGGGUUUGGGUACGGUUUUGUGUGGGUUUUCAGAAUGAAGCAACUUCGUUUCACAUUAAGACUGUUUUUAUUCCGUAGAUUUGUUUUUUCUGUACCCUGUGCUUCAAAAUUUUUGAGAGCGAGUUUGGGGCCUACCCACUUUUCUGCAAAGUUUGUGCGCUGAUAAGGUGAACAAUGUGUGUAGCCACGGCGAUUUUACACAUUUGAUUUCUGUUACAGGAGUACAAGUUGCUUAACUCCCAUUUCAUUCGUUAUUGUUUCCCCUAGUAUAGGAGAGGGAUGCAGUGUAGAGGUCUUUAAGCUGUAUGACAGAAAAACUACAGGUAGUUGCCUUGUAGCUUCUUAACUAUUAUUGUAUAAUGACUUUGAUGGCGUAUGAUAACAAAACAUAUUUCCAUCGCUACUUAUGUCUGGUGCUCGAUUUUUUUUUUUAGGCAUGGUGUUGUUGUAGUAUUUAUAUGUUUCACAUUUCUUUUUAUUAAUUACUUCUUUUAGCUUGGUGAGGCAUCCUACCUUGUCGUUUUUAAUCAAACCCUGGCACCAAACAUUUCAGAUAAUUUAAAACUGCUCAAACAUGCUUCAGUGUUUUUAUGUGCAAUUUUGUGUGUGCACACUUUUGAGGAUGUGAAGAGAAAGCUGGUGGUUUUUGAGCAAAGUCUGAAGAAAAGUUGGCUGUUUUUAGAGACUGCUGUCAUACAAACCUGCUAUUAGUUUUUGCAACACCAAAGGUUGGAUAAUGUUGAAUCUACAUGUUAACUAAAUUAGCAAAACUUUUCUGUUCAAGGACUGUUCUGGAUCUCAAUCUUCUGCAUUGGAAUCCAAAUUCCAGAUGUCUAAUAUUAGACAAUCUACCUAUCCAAGUUUUUCUAACUUGGGUUGUUAAGCUCACUAUAUCUAAAGAUAGUCCACAAACUUGCAAAAAGAAUCAAUUGCUUUUGUCCAAGAAACGUUCCUAACGGUGCUUGCCUUUUUAUGUCACUUCUCAUGAUCUACAUAAUACCAUCUCAUUCUCACACCAAAGUCUCAGAAAUUUCAGCCAUUAAUUAAUGUUAUGAGACGGACAGUUACGUGGCCGUAAACCUUGUGAUCCCAUAAAGACGCACAACUGUUUCAUUAGAAAGUUUAAAAACCUUGACUCUGGGGGAACCAGUGGAACAGUGUAAAAACAGGCCAAACGUUUUGGGGUGUUUGUUAAUGUCUGUGAAAUGUCAGUCUUUGUGACAUUGCCUCUCGCGAUUUCAGCGUCGUGUCGCGUCAUUCGCAAACUUCUUUGAAUUUGUGUGUUUUUCUCAUCACGUUGGUUUUGAGUUCCUCAUGACACUUGUCACCAUGUUCAGCAAAGUAACCUUGACAUGUAAAGCUUUUCGAAUUGUCAACUAUUCAUCUUGUUGUCGAUUGUUUCCUUUGUUUUGCAACCUCGUAUUAUAUGGGUAUUUUUCGGUAAUGCUUUUUAUACUGCGUUUAGUUGGUUUCCCACGGACAAAUCACUUGUCAUAGAUGAAGAAGUGAGAAACUGAUGCUAGUAUCGAGAAAGCACAGAUGUGUCAUCCUAACGAUAAAUCUCUCAGCGUAAGCUCGCUGCAGGGUUUGUGUCGACUUGACAAGCAAUCUUCAGCUGCCGUUAACAUUAUUUUGAAUUUCCAAUCGGUUGCGAGUUCAGAUCUCUCUCUACUAAGAUGUAGUACCCCAUUACUUCUCCACUCGUAGAUGUCACGCACAAAAUAGAAAGGUGCAGUUCGAAGCGGAGUGCAGAAUCCAGCAACUAUGCAUAGUAGCCGGACAAAAAUCCCUUGCAGUUCUUAACGUGUCUAAUAGGAAGAAUAAAAAAUUAAAAACGGAUAUUUUCUAUCAUGGGACGGCAGCUAGUAAGUGUAGACUUUACCUGUCAGGCUGACCUUAAUAUGUGUACAAUAUGACAAUGCCCAUAAUGAAAAUAACCGUUUGAGAGCAGUUGCGGCUUGCUCUGUAUUGCAGGUUUUUGCAGCCCGUUUUGCAUUUUAAACUUUUUUUCUCGAGCAUACCCUAUUUACUGGAUGGAUAAGCAAGGUCAUUGUCUAAUCAUAUAGUAUAGAACUCUCGCAUAAAUAAAAUGGCAUCUUUUCAUGUAUAAAAAAGAACAACAUAAGUAAGUAUGCAUUUUACUAAAGUCAUUGGAAUUGACAGGGAAUUUUGUGUGUGUUAAUGGCUCCUACUGAUGAAUACUAUUAAAUGAUGUGGUACAACUG